AUGGGAUCUAACGGAACUUCAGACAUUGUGAAUGUCUCGGCGGAGGCAGCCGAAGUCUUUGCAGUCAAUGUGCUAGUUGCCAAUGGAGUACCAGAGAAAAGCGCCAAGAUUGUUGCCAGAUGUUUAGUGGCGGCCGAUUUGCGAGGUGUCGACACCCAUGGAAUCAACCGAAUCCCAUCUUAUAUGACGAGAAUGCGACAAGGCUUGCUGGACGUUAAAGCAGAGCCAGAGCUCAAGCAAGUCACGCCUGCUGCGGCUCUGGUAGACGCAAAGAACGGAUUCGGAUUUCUUGCCUCGCAACUCGGGAUGUCCAAGGCUAUCGAGAUGGCUCAGGCGUACGGCAUCGGCAUGGUCAGCAUAAAGCACUCGAACCACUUCGGCAUGGCGGCGUGGAUCGUAAAGCAGGCUCUCGAUGCUGGAAUGAUGAGCUUGGUUUUCACCAACUCCUCGCCGGCUCUCGCACCAUGGGGUGGCCGAAACAAGCUCAUUGGCGUGUCACCACUGGCAUGUGGUGCGCCAGGUGAGCAUGACUUCAUUCUCGAUAUGGCGCCUUCCCUCGCAGCUCGUGGCAAGAUCUUCAAGGCCCAGCGUCGUGGAGAAAAGAUCCCAAUGGACUGGUCACUCGACAAGGACGGCAAGCCCACAGAUGAUCCAACCGCUGCUCUUGGAGGUACUAUGCAGCCAAUGGGAGGACCAAAGGGCUUCGGUCUCGCAGUAAUGAUGGAUGUGUUCUCCGGUGUCCUCUCUGGAUCGGCUUUUGCAGGCCAUGUCACAGGCCCGCUCAAUGUCACCGAUGCAGCAAAUGUUGGCCACUUCCUUGUCGUGAUCAAGCCGGAUCUUUUCAUGAGCACUGCAGAGUUCCGAGAGCGCUUGGAAUACCUCUACCAGCGAGUUACCGGAGCUGAGAAGAGCCCCACAGUGGACAGAAUUUACUUCCCAGGCGAAAUUGAGCAGCUGAAAGAACAGGAGCGAAGAAAGACUGGUAUUCCAUUCGUUCAAGCUGAGAUUGAUACCCUUAAUAAGGAGGCGGCAUCGGUGGGCGUGAGUGCUCUCCCGGUAUUGUCCUAG